AGGCGCUCCAGGUCCUGCGAGGAGUGAGUUGUUUCAGCUGGCUUGCUCCGGGGUAUCUUUCUCUUCCUACCCAAUUCGGUUAUUAUCUGGCCUGCUGCUCGGAUGUUUAGGUGGCUCUGCGUCGAGUCAAAUGUUAAAUUAUCUCCAGUCUAGCCUUCAUUCGCUUUCAAAACUUGGUACUCCCCACCCCACUCUGGUUAGCAGGGCGACAAGCAGGGGAGGUUUCCAUGGGGAAACAGGGCUCUGCUUGGGGCCACGUGCAAUCCUAUUUUAAUUCUUCCCUGGAAAAUUCCUUGUGUCUUCCCCUGAUUCUGAUGGAGUCUCACCUGCGAACUGAUUCCUCGCACAUCCCUACUCCAGACUUGGCUCUUCCAGACGUCCGUGAAGACGGCCACGUGAACCUUGAGCAUCUCCCUGCUGGGAUGGGGCGUUAGUGCAGUGGUGCUGAUCUGCCGUCCCCGUUGGCACCUCCGUCCUGGGACUGGGAGGGAUAUUGACUGCUCUCAGCCUGGGGGCCACUGGCUUCUGUUCCAUCCUCUGGACAGAAAGGCCAGGCAAAGCCCACCUUGUCCUGAAGGUUCCCCCUUUCCUGUUGUGCUGUCUCAAUCCAUCCAGCCCUGUGGCUUCACUCUCAUGUGCCUCCAGCAAAGUGCCCACCUGAUCCCCUCUCCCCAAACCUUGCAUAUAACAGACAGGGCAUAAAAAUAUCCAGUACAGAAACCCUCAGAGCGAGGCCGGGCCGGGCUCACAUUUACGAGAAGGAAACUCCCACUUUCUGAUCUGUGGAAAGUGAAAGUGCUGUGUGCAGAAGCCAUGGCUGCUGCCCCCAAGAGCACCGUCCGGGCUCUCAGCGAGGAAUCCACUUGCCCCAUCUGCCUGGAUUAUUUCAGGGAUCCCGUGAUCAUUACAGAAUGUGGGCACAAUUUCUGCCGAGCCUGCCUGAGCCAGAGCGGGGGGGAAUCAGAUGCACAGGCCUCCUGCCCCCAGUGCAGGGGGACCUUCCAGAAGACGAACCUCCGGCCAAAUCGGCAGCUGGCCAUGAUUGUGGAAAUCGCCCAGACGUUAAGAGGGCAGGGGGUCAAAGGUGAUGAAGGGAAGGUGCAACUCUGUGAGACUCACCAGGAGCCCCUGAAACUCUUCUGCAAGGACCACGAAGCCCUCAUCUGCCUGGUGUGUGACAAAGCAAAGGAGCAUGAAGGUCACAAGGUGAUUCCCCUGGAGGAGGCCUCCCAGGAGUACCAGGAUCUGCUGCAGCGUCGCCUGGAGAGUCUGAGGGAUGAGAGAGGAAGGAUUUUGGCAUGUAAAGCAGAGGCAGAAAGGGAGAAGCAGGCGCUGCUGGAGCAAACAAAGGCAGAGUGGGAGGAGACGGUGGCUCAGUUCAGGCGCCUGCAUCACUUUCUGGAAGAGCAACAGAAGCGUCUCCUGGCCCAGGUGGACGAGCUGCAGGAGGAGAUUGCCAGGAAAGCGGAGGACCACCUGGCCUGGCUUUCCAAGGAACUCUCUUCCCUUGAAGGCAUCAUGCGGGAGGUGGAGGAGAAGAGUCGGCAGCCGGCAGCUGAACUCCUGCAGGAUGUGAGAAGCACCUUGCAGAGAAGUGAGAAGGAGCCCUGUGAGAUCCCAGCGGCUUUCCCUCUGGAGCUGAAACGGAGGAUCUGGUACUUCUCUGAUCGAAAGCCUGAUCUGGAGGGAUGGAGGAAGCAAUUCCUUGGAGUCAUGAGUGAAUCC